UCUUAAAAGAGAUGCGGUGAAAUUUUGCGUAUGUGGGUCGGGUUAGCAGGGGGUUCUCCCACAACAUAUAUUUCAUUCCCGCCCUCAUUUUGAAAUUUCACCGCUUUUUCCAAUCCCUCCCUCCUAGGGUUUCGCCAAAUCAAAUGAGUGGUCCAAUGGAAAUCUCGAUGGUCAACAACACCAGCGAACAAAACGGUGUUGUUCCCUCACUCACAUUGCCAUUGCCAUUGCCUGAUGAUAAAGUUGUCGUUUCCGUUGAAGUUUGCUUGAAGCCUUCAAGUACAGCUCGCAUUGAUGAUGUUAGGUUAGCUGUUGAGAGAAUGCUGGAAAAGAGGAGUAUGAGCUAUGCGGAUGGUCCAAUUCCAAUUCCAAUUGAUGAUCUCUUUCUUGCUGAAAAUGUGCAGCACAUAAGUGUGUGUGACACAGAUGUCUGGCUGGAGAACCGAGAUAUCCUUUUGUUCUGGCAAGUAAAGCCAGUCGUUCAUGUAUUUCAGCUUAGCGAGGAAGGACCAUGUGAAGAAUUAAGUGGGGAUGGCCAGCUUUCUACAUUUAAUGAAUGGGUUCUUCCUGCAAAAGAAUUUGAUGGAAUGUGGGAAAGCUUAAUAUACGAAUCUGGUCUCAAGCAGAGAUUGUUGCGAUAUGCUGCAAGUGCUUUGCUUUUCACUGAAAAGGGAGUUAACUCAUUCCUAGUAUCCUGGAAUCGCAUUAUUCUUCUGCAUGGACCUCCAGGAACAGGAAAGACAUCUUUAUGCAAAGCAUUGGCGCAAAAACUUUCCAUACGUUUUAGCUUUAGAUACCCACAAAGCCAACUGGUUGAAGUCAAUGCCCAUUCAUUGUUCAGUAAAUGGUUUUCUGAAAGUGGCAAGCUGGUACGUUUCACAUUACACUUUGAGAUAACUAUUAAGCUCUUGUAUAGUCAAUGUUCUUUUUUUUUUUUAUAAACUAAUAUACCAUCC